AGGGACAGGGGAGGUGACGCCACGAGGCGCUUCUUCAACUGGUUCUGCUGGAGCAGCAACCUCGGGGCCACCUUCUCCCUGCUGCUGGUGGCCUUGGUCCAGCAGAACGUGGGCUUUCUGGCCAGCUACCUCAUCCCCGUCGCCUGCCUGGCCUUGGCUCUCCUCAUCUUCCUCCUGGGGGAGGCUGAGGACCCUCUCCCCAACAGCAGAGCCCAGCCUGGAGCCCCUUCUCUCCAGGAGGACCUCACCAACUUCCAGGUGUUGACCUGGAUCCUACCUGUGCUGCUGACCUUCAUCCCUUACUGGCUGGUCUACCUCCACAUGCAGUCAAUGUAUUACCUGCAAGGUCUGCAGCUCUCCAUCCCCAGCACCUUCCAGCACGGCCAGGACCACACCAGCACCCUCCAGGGCUACAUGUUCCCAGGUGCUUGGCUACCUCUGGCCAACACGGCGCUCUUGCUGGCCCUGGUGCCCUUGAAGGACCUCAUCCUCGACCCCUUCCUAGCCAGGCACAAGCUGCUGCCCUCCCCCCUCAAGCAGAUGACCUUGGGCAUGUUCUUCAGCCUCACCUCCCUCCUCACAGCAGGCCUCCUGGAGGGGCAGAGGCUGCACCACAUGGAAUAUCUGCUCCUUGGCAUGGGCGAGAUCUUCACCAGCAUCCCCAGUCUGGAGUUUGUCUACGCUGAAGCCCCCAAGGCCAUGAAAGGAGCCACCAUGGGGCUCUUCUUCUUCCUCUCCGGGGUGGGCUGGCUGCUGGGCUGGGGGCUGUGGACCCUCCUCUCCCU